AUGAUGAUGUCGGCCAUCGGAUAUGUCAUGGCAGCAGGCGCCACUGCUUUGGCCAUUACCUUUGCCAAAAUUGACGCUAAUCCAUCUCUAUUUAUCACUGAUUUCAUGGCCUCAGAACGACGGAAGAUGGAGUAUUUUGAUCGCAAGACAAUGUGGAUCACUGGUGCAUCCAGUGGGAUUGGAGCUCAGAUGGCAAUGCAACUUUCUAGGUAUGGUGUCAACCUGAUUCUAUCUGCUCGUUCAGAGGAGAAGUUGAAUGAUGUUGCGCAAGCCUGUCGAGAAGCUUCGGAUAAGAACAAUGCCAUUUCCGUCCUUCCACUCGACAUGACUUGUUCUGAGGAGGAACUUGAACUGGCAGUGGACAAGGUGAUGGAGAUUAUUGGCAAUGGAAGCUUGGAUUUUGUAGUGAUGAACGCUGGAAAAGGUCAAUUGAAGCUGGAAAAUACCAUGACGAAAAAAGAGACGGAAGAAUUGUUCCUGAUAAAUGCAGUUGCUCCAAUAUCAUUGACGCAAUUGUUAUUGCGAAAAAAAAUUCUACGAGCGGACAGGGGGAAGAAUCUAAUGGUGACGUCUUCUGUUGGUGGAAAGUACGGACUGCCUUUGUCAGCUUCCUAUGCUGCUUCUAAGCACGCUCUCCAUGGCUAUUUCGAUUCGCUGAAAGCAGAGUGUCCAUGGUUGCGUAUUGAUCUUGUCUGCCCUGGACCUAUUGAUACUGCCUUUCAUUACAGCAAAGAAGGACAAGAGAACGCAAAGGAAACAAAGUCUGAUGUACGAGAAAUGAAAAUGCCUGUUGACCGGUGCGCUCAAUUGAUGGUUUCAAGUUUUCUUGUGAAAGGAGGAGGGGAGCAUUAUAUCGCCGAACAACCAAGUCUAAUCGGGUUGUACAUCAAGCAACUAUUUCCUGGCCUAUUUCAAGUCAUGCUUGGAAAGGUAGCAUCCCUUCGCAUCCAAGCCUGGAAGGAGGGAUUGAAUCUUUAUGAUCCUCAGACUUGGAAAGACAUGAGAAAACGAAAGUAG